CAUCGACUGGAUGAUUUGGGCAAGUCGCCUAAGUUCUACUCCUUACUAUUAACAAUAUGAAGAGAGUGAGAGAGAUCAAGGGGGAAGAAGGUAAGAAAAGAGUAGCAAACGAAGUUAAAGUUCUAUUCAAAUUCAAAUCAGUUGAAGGGUCAGAAAUUAGGGUUUACAUGCACGAGGUCUAGGCGUCUAGCCUUGUCCGUUAAAGAAACAUGGUUCAUGAGACUCGAUCAAGGAGUAAAAUGGGAGCCGAUGAUGUUAGUUCAAAGAAUCAAGUGGCUGAUAGAGAAGAAACAUCCCCAUGUUCUAGAAAGGCAGAUUGCUUAAGUUUAAGAAGUCUAGCUCGGGAAACCUCCUCAAAAGAUACUAGGACAAGCCCAUCACCUACACGGAAGUCUGAGCGCAUUCAGAAGAAGAGUUCACCUGUGACUCCUGUUGUGUGCAAUAAACUUGAUAAAUUGGACACUCCUAGUCCUUUAAGGAGGUCAGUAAGAGGCAAAAGAAACGUUCCUUCAUCACCAAAGAUCCCGGAGGAUGAAUCUGUUUCAUCUGGUAUGGAGUCACAUGGCAAGAAAAAGGAGACGAUGAAGCAACCGAUGAUGGAAUCUGAAAAAGUUAGCACCAGCCGCAAGGUCCAUUACAAGAGCUUGUCUUCUAUUGGAAAGAAAAGGAAGAGAAUAAAUGGACACAGUUAUGCACUUUUGCUCAAGAGGCGACAUAGAAGGGGUACACUAUCAGGCAUUACUAAGUCAAAAAGAAUCCUUCAGCUUCCUGAAGUUGAUAGUAGCGACUCCAGAAACGAGGAGUCCAAGCUUGCUGAGGAUGAAGAAAAUGGGGACAAUGAGUGCCAUACAAAGAUUACAAAUGAAUUAACCAAUCACCUUGCUCCACAUUUUGACGAUGGUGCCUCCAAAGAUGAGCUAGAGGCUUGUCCUGGCAUUGUAACUUUGAAGAUCCCAAAUUUGAUAUGUUCUGGUUUAGCAAGUGGUGAGCAUGAAAUAAUAAGAUCAUCAAAGACACAUAUGGUAAACACAGAUCUUGAAGUCACAGUGGCAGAUGCAAACAUGCAUACAUGCACUUCUGCGCCUGCUUCGGAACCAUUAUCUGGAGAUGAAAAGCAUUUCUUUGCUGGGUUUUGUGUUUCAUGUUCAAAACAGCGAAGAGUGGGCCAUGAUUCACCAAAAGUAGAGCUCUGCUCAUGUGUUACAAUGCACAAUAAAGACAACAAUUACAUAUCUAGUCCUGAGGUUGGAGUUGGUGUGAAAGAUAUUCUUUUCUCAGGGUAUGCUGAAAAAUGCCACAGCAGAAAAUCUGAAGGGGAUAUUUCAGAUCCUUAUGUGGAUAAGAAUGAAAAUGUGUGCAUUGUGUGCAAAGAAAGUGGAAAGAGCAUACUUUGCAAUGGAAAUGGUUGCAAGAGAUGCUACCAUCUCCCUUCUUCAGGUCCUAGUAUAAAUGAUGUUCUACUUGGAAUCUGGCAUUGUCUCUGGUGUCAGAUGAAAAAGAUUGCAUUUGGUGUCCACUCGGUGACAAAAGGAGUUGAUUCAAUCUGUGAUGCUAGAGAAGUGGAUGUAUCAGGAACACAUAUGCAGAAGCAGUAUCUCGUGAAGUACAUAGAUCUUGCUCAUGUUCACAACCAUUGGGUUUCAGAGGCACAGUUACUUCUUGAAGCACCAUUCCUUGUUGCAAACUUUAGUGACAAUAAUCAGGUUAUUGGAUGGAACUCUGAGUGGACAUUGCCACAUCGUUUGUUGAAGAAAAGGUCAUUAUCUUUCUCUGAAUUGCUAGGUGACGGUCAAAAUUUUGAUGCUGGUCACAAUACCGAAUGUCAAUUUGAAUGGUUUGUAAAGUGGCGGGGUCUUGAUUAUGAGAAUGCAACAUGGGAAUUGGAGAUUGCUGAUUGUCUACGUUCACCUCAUGGGCAAACACUCGUUAGGGAGUAUGAGUUACGCUUGGAAAAAGCAAAACAGCUAACCGGCAAGAAUAAUAAGCAAUCACUCGUUGGACUUCCAAAGAUUUGGGAUGGAAGUUCUCUAAUAAGUGAUAUGGAUAUGCUUAAUUCUAUGAACAAACUACAUGAUCAUUGGUCUAGAUCAGAGAAUGUUGCUUUAUACGAAGAUCAGGAAAAAAUGAUGAAGAUAGGUUUAUUUAUUUUAUCUAUGUCAAAGGUCUGCUGCUGGCCUGUUCUUAUUGUCACUGCUUCCCAUGCUAUUUCUCAUUGGGAAGCUGAACUCAAGAAAUGGGCCCCAGCGGUAGAUUGUGUAGCUUAUCAAGGUAGCAGGGAAACCAGAAGGAUUAUUGAGAUGUGUGAGUUUUAUAGCCAAGGAGGAAGUAUAAUACUUCAAGUUCUUUUGACCUCUUUUGAAACUGCUCUUGAGGAUAUACACACAUUAAAUAGAUUGAACUGGGAGCUGGUUGUAUUUGAUCAGUGCCAACAUUUAAAUUUAUCUCCCCAUGUAGAGAAAGUUGAGACACUUGGUGGGCUAAAAGUGCUUCUUUUCAAUGGUCCAGUAAAGCAUACUGCAUCGGAGUCCUCGAACAUACUGUCACUUGUUUAUUCUGAUGGUGAUUUGGGAAAAGCUGAUCUGUUGAAAACUUGCUCAAAUAAUACUCUUGGACAAUGGAAAGAGAAGGCGGCAUCUCAGGAGUUUUUUGAGUAUUGGCUUCCCGUUCAACUUUCUGGAUUACAGCUUGAACUUUACUGUGAUACGUUACUCUCGAACAUUGAUGCCUUAUGCUCUUACUCAAAAAGUGAUCCAGUUGGAGCCCUUAAUAAUAUGCUUCUUAAUAUUCGAAAGUGCUGUGAUCAUCCUUACAUCAUUUGUGACCCAUCCACAAAUUUGCUCAACAAGGAGCUUUCUCAGGCUAAUAUCUUGGAUAUUGGCAUACAAGCAAGUGGAAAAUUGCAACUUCUUGACAAAAUGCUAUCUGAGAUGAAAUGCCGACAAUUAAGAACAAUUAUCCUUUUUCAGGACAUGUUGGGAUGGAUGGAGUAAUUUUUAAAUUCAGAAAUGGUCGGAAAAGGAAAGUUGCAAAGGUGGCCUGUGAGGCUAGAAAGAGUUCAGGUAGUUAAUGAUGUUCAAGUUUCACAUUCAGUAUUUUUUUGCAAAAACAUUUUAAAACAUAACAAAAAGGUCUAGAUUUU